AUGAAGCGGCUGGAGGCGAUGGAGCACUUCCAGCGCAAGAUCGACGCGAACCCGAUGGACGCGAGCGCGCACCACCACCUGGCGGUGCUGGCAAGAGCAGGAGGCGACCAGGAUACGCACGCACGACACUCUCGCAUCGCAUGGCUCACGCGGCAAGGGGGCCCCGAAGUCUCCAACGAGCUGGCGCUGGCUCGGAUCCACGAAGGCAAACGCGACGAGGCCGAGACGCUGCUGCGCCAGACUAUCGCGCAUGAGCCCACGUUUCCGCAUGCAUACUGCAACUUGGCGGCCCUGCUGGCCAGACGGGGCGAGUACACCGAGGCACUGACUCACAGCACCACCGCGCUGCGGUUGUCACCGCAAGACCCGAGUCUACACCGGAACAUCGCGCGCAUGUACGAGCAAGUAGGGCGACCGACGGAUGCUCUUGCGCACUUCCAGCGCGCGCUCAGUCUCGCCCCCGACGACGCUGAGGUGGCCAAGCGGGUGUCGCUGCUGACGCUCGGCCGCGGACGCACGGACGUCGCCGCAGAACACUACGCCCGGUACCGGAGACGCACGGGCCAGCACUACGAUCUCAAGCUCUGA